UCCAUGCUGUCGAAUCUACUCCCAAACAUGUCGCGGCCGUGCAGCUGGGGGUAUUGACUGCCGCGGGCAUAGCCAAAGAGCCCCGCUAUAGGCUUCUUUAAAUUCUUUUUUUUUUCUCACGGCACCUGAAUGCACCACAAGAGGAGCUGGGCGAUUUGUGUUGUGACGCGCAGUCGUGGAGGCGUGCCUCUCAGGAAAACAACUGGGGGAACAACAACAGAGCAGGGGGUGGCUCCGACCGGGGAAGUCUUUAGGCCAGUUGUGCUUAGACUUGAUUGGGACAGGCGACCGCUUAAAAUCGAAAGGGCACUACAUCAGGGCUGCGGCGGCGAGUCCAUGCUUGCUGAGUCCUGAGGCGCUAGACCAGGGGGGCGGCGAGGGAGAGAGCAAGAGGAGGAGGAGGAGGAGGAUGUGACAGGGCAGAGGUCCUGUGCGACGCCCGCAGUUGUGUUGCGCUCCCCGACGACGGGAACACCGCGACCACCUCCUCCAUUCUCCCGCGCGUCUUUGUCCGGUUUGAGCGACCGGCUGAACCACCAGCAGAGUGGCAUGUGGGUCAGCUCCGGAACCGUCGGAAGGGCCUUCUCCAUGGAUAUAGACACAGACUAUGAGCGGCCCAAUGUGGAAACCAUUAAAUGUGUAGUGGUAGGGGAUAACGCAGUAGGCAAGACCAGGCUAAUCUGUGCCCGUGCCUGCAAUGCCACCCUCACACAGUAUCAGCUGCUUGCCACCCACGUGCCAACCGUCUGGGCCAUCGACCAAUACCGUGUAUGCCAGGAGGUGUUAGAAAGAUCUCGUGAUGUAGUCGAUGAGGUCAGUGUGUCCCUGAGGCUAUGGGACACAUUUGGGGAUCAUCACAAAGACAGACGAUUUGCUUAUGGCAGGUCUGACGUAGUGGUGCUUUGCUUCUCACUGGCCAAUCCCAAUUCCUUGCGCCACGUCCGCACCAUGUGGUUCCCGGAGAUCAAGCACUUCUGUCCCCGGACCCCAAUCAUCCUGGUCGGCUGCCAGCUGGAUCUGCGCUAUGCCGACCUGGAUGCAGUUAACCGUGCACGACGACCCCUGGCCAAACCCAUCAAACCUACAGAUAUCCUUCCUCCAGAGAGAGGCCAUGAGGUGGCAAAGGAACUUGGGAUACCCUAUUAUGAGACCAGCAUUGUUGCCCAGUUUGGAGUCAAAGAUGUUUUUGACAAUGCCAUCCGAGCCGCCCUGAUUUCCCGUCGACACCUCCAGUUCUGGAAGUCCCACCUCAAAAAGGUCCAGAGGCCCCUUCUCCAGGCACCCUUCCUGCCUCCUCGCCCACCACGACCCAUAGUGGGCAUCCCUGACCCCCCUCCCGCGGGUGGCGAGGGCCCUGAUUCCCUUUUCUGCCAGCCACUGUGUGCAGAUGUUCUUUUCCUUCUGCACGGUGGCACUACUCGCGUCUUUGCACACAAAGUGUAUCUGGCUACAUCCUGCUCCAAGUUCUAUGACCUCUUCACCCUUGAUCUUGGUGGAUCAUCUGUGGCGCCGAGGGGGGAGGAGGAGGAGAGCAAGGAAAACUUGGAGAGUGGGGAGGAAGAUGAGCAGAGCAGGAGAGGAGCCAAGGAGCAAGCUGGGCGCACUAAGAGCCUGGACAUUGAUAAAGACGGGGUUGACGGAGGAGUUCGGGGCCUGAAUCGACCCCAGCUGCUCCAGCAGGGCUCUUUGAGGACUUCCCAGAGUGAUAAUGCGCUCCCGUCUCGAGCCCAGUACUCCCUGGGAGCACUAGGGACUGGUCGAGCACUUUCAGGAUGGGGGAGGGGGUUCCUGAGUGUGUGUCUGGAGCACGUUGAUGAUCCGAUGACUGGACGACCACGACUCAUGACUGUGGUAGCCAUGGAUGCGCUCAUACAGGAAGAACCAUUCAAGGCCGUGCUUCAGUACCUGUACACAGGCAGUCUGGAUGAGGGCCGAGGGGAUCUGAUGCAGGUGGCCACCAUAGCAGAGCUACUUGAGGUGUUCGACCUGCGGAUGAUGGUCGCCAAUGUUCUGAACAGAGAAAGCUUCAUGAACCAGGAGAUCACCAAGGCCUUCCAUGUCCGCAGAGCCAACCGCAUCAAGGAGUGUCUCAAUAAAGGGACCUUUGCUGAUGUGGUGUUCCGGCUGGACGAUGGCUGCCUCCCGGCCCACAAGCCCCUGCUCAUCUCUAGCUGCGACUGGAUGGCUGCCAUGUUCCGCGGCUCUUUCAUGGAAAGCUACAUCGAGGAGGUAUCCAUUCCUAACACCAGUACAGCCUGUAUGCGUGGGGUGCUGGAGUUCCUGUACUGUGGUCUGCUGACACCCUGUCCUGGUCUAGAGCCAAUGGAACUGAUUGUUCUGGCCAACCGUCUCUGUUUGCCGCGCCUUGUCGCUCUCACAGAGCAGCACGCUGUGGAUGAGCUUCUCCAGUUGGCAGUGAAAGGAGUUGACAUUGAUGGACAGGUGUUGGCUUACCUCGAAAUUGCACAGUUUCACAAUGCCAAGCAACUAUCAGCUUGGUGUCUCCAUCACAUCUGCACUAACUACAACAGCAUCUGCCGCAAGUUUCCCAAAGACAUGAAGGCCAUGUCUCCAGAAAACCAGAGGCACUUUGAGAAGCAGCGCUGGCCUCCUGUGUGGUUCCUGAAGGAGGAGGAUCGCUACCUGCGCUCUCAGAAGGAGCGUGAGCGCGAGGAGGAGAUCUUACGCAAGCAACACACCAAACGAGGCUGGUGUUUUUGGAGACACCCAUCCUCCUCUCCACAUGUCUCCUAAAGGGUGUCCUCCACUGACUUUUUCACCCUAAACUGGGUCAUCACACCCAGGAGACCCAACUCCCCUGUAACACAUAUAGAGGAGACUGGCUCUGAACCCAGUGGAGAAAUGACCCUCAGUGCUACUAUGCCUGAAUGUCAGCAUGUGUGGGAUAACUGUGGGUGACUUCAUGAGUGGAUUUUGGUAUGCUUGUGUGACAAGUGUGGACUUAACUGAAGGGUAUAUGCAUGGAUGUGGGGGAGUGUAUGUGUGCGCUUUGAGUGAUGCUUCCGAGUUGAGUGCUUCCCAGACACCCUGAUCUAUAAGGGCCUACGGCGUUGCAGUGCAGCCCUUUGUCCCUCCCACAAGAGCUCUGUCCCUCUACCAGCACUCACAGUGUCCCAGCCUUUGAGUGAUUGGACUGGGAGCAAGGGCUCUCUAUCUCUCUCAGUCUCCAUCCUUCACAUUGACCUUAAUGACUAUUACACAUUGACCACUGAAGCUCCUCUUGGGGAGCUUACCUCUGCCUUCACUUUUACACAGACUGUUAGCGUGCACACACAGACCCCUGCCCAAGGUCCACCCCUCUUAAACCAGCACUGGAUUCCCGGGAACUGACGCUGACAAUGUAAUUAUUAUUAUUUGAUAUUAUUUGACCUUUUUAUAUAUUUUUUUGCGCCUUCUAGGACACUGUUAUCAGGGGAAAUGGUGCACACUACUCCCAGGAAGUGUUGAGGACUUUGAUGAUUGCCCUUGCAACCGCAAAGAUCAGACUGCUAAUCUGGAGCCCAGAUAUGGGUGUAAGGGUGAUGUUAAAACUGUUAGCAAGUUGCUCCUCCAGUCAGGAGGCUUCAUCCUAGCUAUUAACCUCCAGUCUAGUCCUGAUGUGGCCCCUGGUGUUCAUCAUCCACCCCUACAGCCCCCACAGCCCCCUCCUGCACACCGCACCUGCAAAAAAGCAAAACGCAAGCUCUCCUUGAUGAGUUGGAUUCACCAACUGCACCUCAGAGACAUUCAAAGUGACCACUCUAUAGCAUUGAUGGGGGUAAAGAGGGCUAGCCUUACUUGAUACCUCUGCCAUGGAGGAAUGAUGGAUACAGUAUUAAACAAAUGCGCUUGUAACGUCCAUGAACACUAGGUUGCGUUCGAGCACCUCAGCCAGCCUGCCUUUACACCCCUACAAAACUAGGGGCAGCACUGCUCAGGGCCCCGACACUGACCUUCACACUAACAGGAGUUUUAUUGCCUGUGAUUUCUUUAUUGUAGUUUCAGUUAUUAAUCAUAAGUGUAACUUCAGUCCUUGCAAAGUGUUAGAAGAAAGCUAAAGCACAUCCACAGUGUUAUUAGUGCAUUUAAAAACUAUACCUGACUAUUAAUUUUCACCUGAUUCUAAAUACCAAAGCUGUGAUUCUUUUGAUCUCUUUCUUCCUCACUUUCUUUGUUUCUGCUUCCCUAUUUCCGAUAUUGACAAGACGGCAUGGAGGAGAGAAGAAAAAGUGGCAUGUAGGUGAAAGAGACCGUAUGAUAUAUUUGAAUCCCUCCUCGUGGUGGCACUUUCAUUCUGUGGUGUCAAGAGAAAGGUGUCACUGCUGGACAUUGCCUUCCAUUCCUCUUGCUGGAAUUGAAAAUGGUGCUUAAGACACAGUAAGACAGUGUCCACAAGAACGCACAGUCACUGAUGCGAUUUUAUGUUCACAGUUUAAGCGUCUGUCUAGUUUAGUGUUUACCUGCGACUAACAUGCAGGAAUUUAAUGUGGUAUUCAAAUUGACAAAGGAGAAUUUUUUAACCAUAAUUUUUCUUCUUCAACAGUCUGCAAGAGGUCAUAAUAGGUCACUGUUUUUAGAAUGUGUAGAUUUCUGCUUUUACAUAAAGUGGUUACAACCUUUUACUGUCUUUUGCUGCUUUUAGAUAUAUAUAUAAAAAAAAAUGUGAUCUGUUUUGCUUCCUUAACCUUAACCAGGAAAAUAAUAUUACUUUAGAUUGAAUUUGCAAUUGUGAGUGUUGUCUCAAAUUGGAAAUGGUUUGAUAUACAACUGCAUAUGAGAGCAAAUCUGAUUUUCUUGCAAAGGGUGCUACUUUCCUUGGGCUUUAUUACUUAAUGUGAAAACAAGACUUUGUGUUGAUGAGUUUCUAUUAGCACGUUGUUCUAUUUGUGGGUCUGCGCACCUCAGCUUUACCCAGGUAACUGCAGACGAUAGAUAGAUUGUGUGAGACAUGUGGUGUGUUCUGCCGUUCUCCAUGGGAGUUGUGUUAAAGUCAUUGUCAGCUACUGAAAUAGAAGUCAGAUAGGAUCUCAUGAGACCCAAGUGAGAAUUGAGCUGAUUCUGCUCUGAAAAGAGUGAAAGUGGAGUAAAAGUGAAUAAGUCUCAGUCAGCAUUACAUGCAACCUACAUAUUUUGAAAUUAUUACAUGGAUAUUUAAAUUCAUCCAAGCACAGGGCUAAAGGAAUUUAGAAAUGAGACCUAAAGAGGAGAAAGUCGGGGGACAGUUUUUGAUAGACUUUCCUGGCCUCUUUCUAGUUCCCGAUAGAAAGGAUGGCUAUUAGAUUUGUCUUAUUAAUGCUCGGUUUGACCCAUUAAGCCUCUUCUCUUGGUCCACGUGCCUUAUAGUUGGACAAAACUUAAAACUAGUUUGGGAUUUUAGCAAUAUCUUAGUUCAAACCUGCAGACAGGUUGUCUGCAGUUGCUGACAUGAUGGAUACAGUAGACAAUGGCCAUGUAUAUAAAUGUAAAAUGGAUUAUGGUGCUUUAUGCGCUCUUAGCCAUUGUCCUGCUUGAGGGGAUUUUUGAGCCAACUCAAGCCAUGCCUGUGGAGAAUCUUUAGACCUACCGCUUGUUUUAUGCGGAAAGAAAUGGCCUUGAAUCAGUCUCUUGAUAGAGUUUAGUACAGUAGGUGGGUCGAAUCACAUGGCCUUUGAUUAGUAUGCUUUUUCUAGACUGGUAAUUAUUUGGACGUAGAAGUGCUCACAUGAAGGUUGGGAUUCUCCACUCACCAGGUGAUUGAUAGGCAGUGAUAAAAAGGAAUCAGGUUGAUUCUUGCGGUGUAACUUCAAAACCACUGACUUUGAGAAAGCGAAGGUUUUUAAUGAGCACUGGCUGGCCUGUGCGCUGAGAGUUUGCAGCCACUUUUGGAAUGUGGUUAAUUUGCAUGGUGGCCUAACUUUGUCAUUAUAAUAACACUUGGUGUUGGAAUGCACUUUCUUUUUUUUUCUUUGUUUUUUACUGUACCUUCCUGUGCUUAGCAUGAAUUUUUCCUUAUGUAAGAUUUGUUCUCAACCUGAUGAUUGUAGCACAAUAUCUCCACCAGUCUUUCCAAUUUUCCCUCAACUUGCUCAGUGAGGACCUGAAUAACAUGACUUAUCCAGCUUCUUGUUUAACGUCUGCUUGGCACUGAACCGCACAGUAGCUUGCUACCCGGCUUUAAGCACAAGUCAGCUCAGCUUAAGGUAGCAUCACUAAAAAUACAACUUUAAAUAAUAUGCUGGGACAUCUACAGAUAUUUGCUUGAAAAACUAAUGCAGAGCAUCUAUUGCUGCUGUGCAGUGUUAUAGCUGUCCCUUUUAUACUGUCAUUGUAGUAAAUACAAUCAGUCAAGCUUAUUCUUGUGAUUUUUAAGAUACUGGGUAAAGGGCAUACAACUGAAAAGCAUAAUGAGCAAAAUUUCAAAUGAAAUCAAAUAUUGUAAUACACGUAUUUUAAGAAUGUCCUAAAUGGCUGAAAGCCAAGUAUAAUGUUUUGGUUUAGCCUGCAUGUAAUGUCAGAGGAAUUGGGUAAAGCAUAAUGCAUGUUUCUGGUGUUGGACAUAGGUUAGUGUACAUACAGCAAAGUUUCUUAACCUUGGGGUUCUGACAUUAUUUGGGUCACCUGAUAUGCUCAUGGAGUCAUGGGAAAUUUCUAAAAUUGAAAAGAUAAAUGAAAUACUAAUUGAGUGAGAACUGAGAAUAGUGAAAUUGAAAUGGAGUCCCAGGCCAGAAAAGGUUGAGAAACCCAGAUUUACAGAGAGGGAGAGAUGGAAAUGGAUGGAAAUUUAAAAUCUUGUUAGCUUUAUUCAACCCUCAAUAUUUUCUCCCCACGCUGACCCCUAUAGGCCCGAGUUACAUCUCGUCACAUUCUGAUGCUGGAUGUGGGGUUGUGGUAUUCAUUUGGAUUGUCUGGAUGGAUCCCAUUACAACCUUUUUACUCUCACAUUCUCCUCAGUUAUUUUAGGUGGCGCUUUUCUUCCUUCUUAGCUGGCCUGACCUCCUUUUUUUUUUUUAAUGAGGUCUAGUGACUUAGAGAACACCUUGUUUUUAGUCUUUGGUGUCUUCUUUGCCGUGCCUUCAGUGAAAUCUCACUCUUUCGGCUCUGUACAUGCUAACGGGACUGCACCUGCAGCCUCCUGGGCUCGAAUAAUAGUCGAUUAAGCCAAGAAAUACAGGUGUGAGCGCGGAAAUAAUAGCAGGCAGCUUUCUUUAAUGUACAGUAUCUUAGAGCUUGUGUAGAUUGGGUUAUGCUUAUUUAGUAUUUUUUCCGGUGUAAAACAGUUACUGGCUAUCAGGGUCAUAGUGAUAACUUCCAGUGAUAAAAUAAGAUAUGGAGCUUUACAAGUUCAGUGUGUAAUAUCACCUGUUCUAAAGCUACGCGACACAGGAUUUAAAUUACGAAAUGACCAAGAAACCCAGCAAACCAGCAAUCUUAAAAUAAUGUUUUCGCACUCUUUCAGGUGCCUGCACUUUCGAUUAUGUAGCCUAAUAUUACGUUUUUGAUAAGUAUGUUAAGUCUUUGUAUUUACCAGUUUUCUUCAACAAUAUUAAAAUAUCUUAUUACUUUUCCACUUUCUCAUGAUCUCUUUUUCGCUAAGCCAAAUUCAGUAGUGUACCCUAUUGCUUCCACUAUUUACCUGCGAUUUACUGUGUUGCAAUCAUGCAUAAAGUCAGCGUAUUUCUAGUUGGGGAACAGCAUCUGUGAACUACUGGUUGGAUUAAAGGCAGAUAUGAGCUUUGACAACUACAUAUAUUAUGCUUUAAUGAACAUAGUUGUUCUCCAAAGUACAGUACAGUGUUGUAAAUUUGAUGUGAGUCCCAGCUGGAAUUAACUUCUCACCUUAUAAUUGCUCAGCACACUGUAUCUAUUUACUAAGUUGGUGUAUACAGUACAUAGGAUUGUAUGCACGGAGAGGCCCAGGACAGGUAGAGUGUUUAUAUAGACGGACAUGGUGUAAUUAACCCCUGGUCUAUACUGUAAUUUCGAAGUGGAUCGUACAUACUAUAUAGUAUUGUUAUGCACUUUUGUUUCCAUUGGCUCAUAUGAGUUUUAUUAGCAUUUAAAAGGCAAAAGAAAGAGCACACCACACUCACAAACUAUUAAGGGCUUUCAAGAUAAUAAUCAGAAUGUUUUGCUGCUCUGCUAUUGCAAAAAAUGUUUUGAAACUAAAAAUUUGUAAUAUUUUUGAACCACUGUGAUUUAUACAAAAUUUCCAAAAUAAAAUUAGAAAGACGUUUUUUUUUUCUUUCUUGCCAUUUCAGUAUUUUGAUGUUUGACAUGGAUUUUAUUAAAACGGUUAAUCUUUCAAACUUGUCUCACAUGUUUGUUAUAUUGUGUUUUUUUGUGUAAUUCAUAGACUCUUCUGAUAUCUGAGUAUGUUCUUUGUUCCUCUUGCUGUUACUUAAUUUCAACAUACAAUGCCAGACAAUGUGAAUUUCCAGAACAGGAAGAAGGAUACAGCUUCUGUCUUGUAUUUAGAGUUUGUAAAAACAAGAAUAGCCAUGGUUUCAGAAAAUGUGAGUCAACACAUGUAUAUACUAAAGCAGAUGACUACCAAUAGACAAAAUACCAGUUACCAAUAGAAUAGUAUGACUACAGACAAAGCACACAAGACUUACUGUAGCACUAUAAAUGAAGACAUGGGAAACGGUUAAUGAUAAAAAGUCCUAAAUACAAAAUUGGGCUAAAGACUUUUCUAAUUAAGUGAUGAAUUUAGCUGCCCAUUGAAACUGCCUUUAAAAUCCAGGUGCACAUUAAAAUUUUAUUUAAUUUAUUUUCUAUGAUUUAUUCUAUUCAAGCAACAUAUUAGGUAAUAAUUAAGUUUGAGGUAUAACUCAAACUGCACCCA